AGUUUAUAUUAGACAGGUGCCUAUGCAAGGCUUUUUGCCCCGGUCCCCAAAAUAUCUGUUGACAAGCCUGCUUUGAACCAUGUUUUUCAACUAUUUGAAAUGUAAGUUAUUUUCCCAUUUAAUUAUUGAGUUUUACAUCAGUACUAAUUCUAAUUUCCACCUCUGGGCUCCUAUACAUAGUUUGAAACUAGCCCUGCCUCUCUUGGACGCCCACUGCGCUUUAUAGCCUCCUCACUCUGUCCAAAGUCCACUCUCUUUGGGUGUAACUUGCUCCUCUUCUCUGUGGUUCUUCUCUACACCAUUAGCAAUAGCAACCGCAGCAGGUAUAACUGUUUAGUGCGAUAGUGGCCAGGUUAGCGUCCAAGGGGGUGAUCUAGUGCGUUGGGUUCAAAGGACGGCGUAGCCCUGCCCUUGGUUUGACAGAUUGUGGCGGAGUUUCUUUAUCAGGUGGAGUUUGUGCUGGGAGUCGAUCACUGCAGCCUGUGUCUCUGUCUGGGAAACUCUUUUCUACACCUGUCGAGCUCCUCCACCAAAAGAAAAGAUGCCGAAAACGGUCAAUGUUCGCGUCACUACGAUGGACGCGGAGCUGGAGUUCUCCUUUCACCCCAACACUACGGGCAAGCAGCUGUUUGACCAGGUUGCCAGAACCAUUGGCCUACGAGAGACCUGGUAUUUUGGUCUGCAGUUUGUAGACAAUAAAGGAUUCAUCACAUGGCUCAAUGCAGACAAGAAGGUGAUGGUCCAGGACGUUCGGAGAGAGACACCGCUGCAGUUCAAGCUCAGGGUCAAGUUUUUCCCGGAGGACGUGGCUGAGGAGCUGAUCCAGGAUGUUACGCGGCGCCUCUUCUUCUUACAAGUGAAAGAGGACAUUCUAUCGGAGGAUAUCUACUGCCCCCCUGAGACUGCAGUGCUCCUUGCAUCGUACGCCGUUCAGGCCAAGUUUGGAGAGUACGACAAGUUUGCGCACCAGACGGGAUACCUGGUCAACGAGCGUCUGCUGCCAAAGAGAGUUCUGGAGCAACACAAACUGUCCAAAGAGCAGUGGGAGGACAGGAUCCACGUUUGGCACCAGGAGCACCGCUACAUGCUCAAAGAGGAGGCCAUGAUUGAGUACCUGAAGAUUGCUCAGGACCUGGAGAUGUACGGAGUGAAUUAUUUUGAGAUCAAGAACAAGAAGGGCACCGACCUGUGGCUGGGAGUGGACGCUUUGGGACUCAAUAUCUACGAGAAGGACGACAGACUGACUCCAAAGAUUGGAUUCCCCUGGAGUGAAAUUAGAAACAUCUCCUUCAAUGAUAAGAAGUUUGUGAUCAAGCCUAUUGACAAGAAAUCCCCAGACUUUCUUUUCUAUGCUCCUCGUCUGAGAGUGAACAAGCGGAUCUUGCAGCUGUGUAUGGGGAACCACGAGCUGUACAUGCGCCGCCGCAAACCUGACACCAUCGAAGUGCAGCAGAUGAAGGCUCAGGCCAAAGAGGAGCGUCUGCAGAGGAAGAUGGAGAGGGAUCAGUUGGAGAGUGAGAAGAAGAGGAGAGCAGACAUGGAGCGAGAGAAGGAUGAGAUGGAGAGAGAGAAACGAGAGCUGAUGAUGAGGCUGCAGGAGUAUGAAGAGACCACUAGGAGAGCUGAGAGAGAGCUGCAGGAGCAGUUGGAGCGGGCUCGGCAUCUGGAGGAGGAGCGGAGGAGGGUGGAGGAAGAGGCAGCCCGACUUGAGGCUGAGCGCAUGGAGGCCAUCAUUGCCAAAGAGGAGCUGGCCCGACAGGCAGAGGACCAGCUGAAGAACCAGGAGCAGCUGGCUGCUGAGCUGGCCGAGUAUGAAGCCAAAAUUGCUGUUCUGGAGGAGGCCAAGAGAGUCAAAGAGGAAGAGGCCGACACAUGGCACAGCAAGGCCAAAGAGGUGGAGGAGAGCCUGGUCCGCACCAAGGAGGAGCUGCAGACGGUCCGGACGUCUAACUCCGGUGGUGGGUCUUCUUCUUCUUCUUCUUCAGACAGCGAGAGCGACCACGAACACAGCGAGGAAAACAGCACCUACAGCGCCGACUUGCACCAAAACGAAAUCAACGACCACCGCAACGAGGAGGAGCGGAUGACCGAAGCUGAGAAGAACGAAAGACUCCAGAAGCAAUUGCAGGCCCUGAGCUCAGAGUUGGCCACUGCUCGCGAUGACAACAAGAAGACGGUGAACGACAUGCUCCACGCUGAAAAUGUGCGCGCCGGCCGGGACAAGUACAAGACCCUCCGCCAAAUUCGCAUGGGCAACACCAAGCAGAGGAUCGAUGAGUUUGAGGCUUUGUAGAUACAUGAGAAAAUCUAAAAUACCUCGUCAAAGUCUGGUUUGUCCACUUAAAUUAAAAUAUAUUGUUUUUAGACACAUACAGUAUGAAGGAAGUUUGGGGGAGGGUAUAGUAGUAAUAGGGUUGCACAAUACAGGCAAUGUAAUGUCCAAAUGCAAUGUACAAUAAAUAUCUUUGCAUAGGUUAUACUUUUAAACAUUAGAAAGAUGACAUUUUACAAGAAAA